AUGGUACACUCGAACAACACACAAACAUCGACAAGGGGCCUUUCACAAGGAGCGUCGCAAUGUCGACAUGGUAAAGCAUAUUCCGCAGGUAAUGAAGAAGGCAAAACGCAUGACAAAAAGGCACACAUGUCCUUCUUUUCCAAAACAGCUGCUAUGCUUUUUGUUGUUGCUUGCAUCUUCUUAACGCAUCAAGAUGACUACGAAACACAAGAAGAACAUGUGACCAAAUUACGCGUACAUAACAGAGUUGCCCGCACUUUAGCAAAAGGAAGCGCAGCUCCAUCAGAACAUGAGCUUGAAUUAGAUCCGAUGGAAUUCGAACACUAUGACGAUGCUCCACCAACCUAUGAACAAAGCUAUGAAGGUGCCUACGACGAUGUCGAACAACCGUAUGAACAAACCUAUGAAUUGACCCCCAAACGAAUAUAUUGUCGCAACCAAUGGACGAAACCAAAAACACGAUGUUAUAGUGAACGUCCAGGAGCUAUUCUAAAAGAAUGGAAAAUGGUGGAGUACCAGGUACCACAAGAAGUGCAUUAUGAUGGAGAAUGGAAAAGAGAACAUGAUGCGAGGGAAGAAGAAGUCCAUGAGUCUAUACAAUCGUUCGAUCUGCCUCAGGAACCAAUCGUUCAGGUUAAGGAAGAAGAUGCAAAGGCCAAAACACAAUUUCUGAGGGCAGAAACAAACGUUCCUUCUGGAGAACCAACUCAGCAAUCAGAUGAACAAGUAGGGGUUAAAGCACAUAAUGACCCAGCUGAUUAUAUGUCCACACUCCUAGAACCAUAUGAGGGCAUAAAUUAUUAUGAUAAGGAAGAACAAGAUAACGAGAAGAAACGGAAGGAGGCAACACAUACAAUUGAGAAAUAUGAAGGCAAAGUAGCAGAAGAUAGUGAAAACUAUAGAAUCCAUAGUUCGAUUGCAUUCCACUACGAAAUGACUUGUUUCGAUGAAAGAUUGACAGAUUCUGAAAUAAAUGAAAAAUUAGAACAAAUCGAAGAGGAACCUCAUAAAUGGGAAUUACUGUCUCUAUACUGGCAAUCAUACAGAAAUGAAAGAAGUAAAUAUAUUGCCCUUAAAAAAUCUUUGAAAAAAAAAAUUUUAGAAUUGCGAAACAAACAAACUGUUGUAAGUCUCAAAAUAUAUAACAAGAAAUGGAAAAAAUGUGAAGAGAUAAUUAAUAAUAACUUGACAGAACAAAACGAACAUGUUAAUGAAGUAUUUCGUACCAUGGUGGCAAAGGAAAAAUUGAGCACAUAUGAAUUCGAGAAGAUUUUAUAUGAUUUCAGAGAAUCAUGGAAAGAAAUGGCCCUUAAGACAGCAGACGAAUGUAUAGCGAUUAUUGAAAAACCAAUUGCCUUAGAAGUCAUAUACGUCGCGGACAGGUUUGAUGAGAUAGGAAUGAGGGUUCCAGGUUUUACGGUUCAGGGUUUAGGGUUUCAGGGUUCAGGGUUUUGCGCCUAG